AACCCUUCGAUAUUUUCCGGGACAUUCUAGGAAGGAUCAACUGUGCCAGACAAAAUCGUCUUUCUUGCUGACCCUUGUCUACUUUGACUGCACAGACUCCGAAAUGGCUGAUCUAGGUGCUCCCGUUCGUGUUUCCCCACUGAUCCGGUUCGGACGUUGGUCGUUCCUUGUCGUCGGAGUGGCAUACGGUGCUUAUCAUCAGAACCGCCUGGCCAAGCGGGAGGUUGGAAUUCGAGAAAUUGAAGCACAGCAAAAGGUCAUCCGGGACGCUAAACUGGCCGAAGAGAAGAAGCGUAACCAGGAAGCCGAAGCUAAGGCCAUCGCCGAACUAUCUGCGCCCACCAAGAAGUAGACAUUCGAAUGACCUAAACUCCUGUCGCUUGAAGACACCGAAGAUCUUGUGUCUUGUGUAAUUUGCAGUACUGGAUAACAAAAUAAAUUCUUAGGAAGAUCCAACAA